AUGCCUGCCAAACGCACCGCUGCCGCCAGCGCAGGCCCCGUUCCCGCACCCUCACCACCAACUAUACCUUCAUCCUCAUCCACCACCGUCGCUUCCCCCUCAGCUCUCUCCUCCGGUCCCAAGACGCUCACCACAAACUCCUCUGUUCUCGAUAUUGCCCAUACCGUCUGGCAGCAAUAUCUCGCCACGACCCCACAGCGCACGCUCCUGCUCGACGCGUUCAUGGGCUUUUUGGUUCUCGUCGGCGGCGUGCAAUUCCUCUACUGCGUGCUGGCGGGCAAUUAUCCAUUCAACGCCUUCCUAAGCGGCUUCUCCGCCGCCGUCGGCCAAUUCGUCCUUACGGCUAGUCUGCGCAUGCAGACCUCUUCGCCUUCGGCUGCCGGGGUGGUAUCUAGCGGGAAAGGUGGGAAGGGGAAAGCGGCUGCCGCGAAGGAGACGGGGAGUAAUGGGAUCUCGCAUGAAAGGGCGUUCGCGGAUUAUAUCUUCGGGAGUCUGAUUUUGCAUUUCUUCUGUAUUAACUUUAUUAACUGA